AUGGUGAAUUACGCAGGUGAUAUGGUUAAAUCAGAUCUUAUGUUUUUUUUUUUCUCUUGUGAAGGAUUAAACCCUGGAGUUGGUGUUCUUCCUUUGAAGGGAUGGCCACUAACUGGCAUCGAUAAUAUGCGACAAGGUUUAGGCCCUCAGAAAGCCUUCCUUCAAAAUCAAGGUCAAUUUCAGCUCUCACCGCAGCAGCAGCAGCAACAACAAAUCAUGGCUCAGGUUCAAGGGCAAGGAAAUAUGACUAAUUCAUCCAUGUAUGGUGGCGACAUGGAUCCUCGAAGAUUUACAGUAUUGCCCAGAGGAAACCUGAGUUCGAAAGAUGGCCAACAGAAUGCAAAUGAUGGCUCUAUUGGAUCCCCUAUGCUGUCAAAUUCGUCAAAGCUUAUCAAUAUGCCGACAGUACAGCAAUCUUCUUCUCAGCAACAAGAUCCUUUACUAUCACAGCAGAACAAUCGCAAAAGAAAAGGACCUUCCUCUUCUGGUCCUGCUAACAGUACAGGGACAGGAAACACAGUUGGCCCAUCCAACUCACAGCCGUCAACUCCUUCAACGCAUACCACCCCUGUCGAAGGAGUAGCUAUAACUGGUAACAUGCAGCAUGUGAAUAACAUGCCAAAAGGACCUAUGAUGUAUGGUUCCGAUGCAAUAGGUGGUCUUGCAUCAUCAGCAAACCAACUGGAUGACAUGGAAGCGUUUGGAGAUGUGGGAGCCCUAGAAGAUAACGUAGAAUCGUUUUUAUCCCAAGAUGAUGGAGAUGGAGGAAGCUUGUUUGGCACCCUAAAGCGGAACCCUUCUGAGCAUACCGAAACCUUAAAGGCUUUUAGUUUCAGUGAGGUUGGCUCUAUAAGAAGAAGUGCCAGUAAGGUCAUCUGCUGUAAUUUCUCAUCUGAUGGGAAGUUGUUAGCUAGCGCUGGACAUGAUAAGAAGGUUUUUAUUUGGAACAUGGAAACGCUACACACUGAGAUCCCUCCGGAAGAGCAUGGUCAUAUCAUCACAGAUGUUCGUUUCCAACCUAAUUCAACUCAACUGGCUACGUCUUCGUUCGACAAAACUAUCAAAAUAUGGGAUGUUUCUAAGCCUGGUUACUUCGUACGAACAAUUUCUGGUCACAAUGCACCUGUAAUGUCCCUUGAUUUUCACCCUAAAAAAACCGAUUUGUUCUGCUCUUGUGAUACCAACAAUGAGAUUCGUUUCUGGAGCAUCAACGCUGCUAAUUGCCUUCGUGGUAUAAAGGGUGCUAGCACGCAAGUACGGUUCCAGCCAAAAGUUGGACAAUUUCUUGCUGCAGCUUCGGAAAAUAUUGUGUCAAUUUUCGAUGUUGAACAGUACAGAGGGGUCCAUUCGCUUAAGGGACAUUCCUCAACUGUGCAUUCUAUUUGUUGGAACCCAACCGGAGAGUUGGUAGCUUCUGUUAGCGAAGACAGUGUUAAAGUAUGGUCUGUGAACUCAGGAGAUUGCAUCCACGAGCUCAGUUCUAGUGGAAACAAAUUCCACUCUUGCGUUUAUCACCCUACCUAUCCCAAUCUCUUGGUCAUCGGUGGGUACCAGUCGAUAGAGUUGUGGGACACAGGAGAGAACAAAUGUAUGACACUAGCGGCUCACGAGUGUGUGAUCUCUGCCUUAGCUCAGUCAUCUUCAACAGGAAUGUUGGCGUCUGCAAGUCAUGACAAGUCCGUAAAGAUUUGGAAGUAGAAAAAAUAUUUUAUCUUCUUCUUCAAGAAGAGCUCGGGACUAUUUUUGAGUCUAAUUCUUUGUUAAAUGUUUGAAAUCAAUAAGUUGUUUAAUGGGUUUGUUAGCGCAAGAGCAAAGGGACUUGCUUUGUUUUAUGAUCCGUACUUUCUUUCUUGUUGUGAUCUCUAGUGUUUGAAGUGAGACACAGAGAUGUAAGUAAUUUCCUCUAGUCACCGACAUUUUGUUGAAAUAAUUUAUUUUUAAUAAGCAACUAAACCCUUUUUAAAGGCCUC